AUGUCCGUCUCCGUCAACCCUCGACGAAGGACUCCGGUGACUCGCCCGGAGUCUCCUGCCGGCCUUAGCCUUAAGACCAACAUGACCCUUCGCAAGGGUGCUACCUUCCACUCUCCCACCAGCCCUACCUCUUCAACAGACGAUGCCUUGGCCUCCCCUCCUAGCCUUCGACGCUCUCAGACAAACCUGGACGACGUCGUCGACGCCCAUUGCCGUCGCGCCGCGUUGAUGAUCGACGACAUUGAGAACUCUCUCUCCAACAUCACCAUCGUCUCGCCCAAGGCCAGGUCCUUCCGUGACGACAGCCUUCCCGUUCCCAGAGGCUUCCUCAACCUUCCCGUUGUCGACCCCACCAUGGCCAAGGAGAAGUCAAAGGAAGCGGAACGCCGCAUUCUGCGUCCCAGAACCCGCCGCUCCUCGAGACAUCAUGAAUCAGAUAGCGGACUCGGCACCUCUGUCGCCCCUACCACCGAGACAGAGCCUGCGACCACCGCAUCAAAGAAGGCCUCUGCCAUUACUAGGUCCGCUGCUGCCACCUCUUCAUCCACCAAGGAGAACCUUCGCGGCCUCAGCCAAAAGGCUGCCAACCGCAUCACAGAGCACAUUCUGCGCCCUCUUCGGGCCAAGCCUGCCCUGAAGGACUUUGAGCCCAUUGUUCUCGAUGUUCCUAGACUCAUUAGAGAGAAGGAGAUCAUCUGUCUGAGAGAUCUCGAAAAGACUUUGAUUUUCAUGGCACCGGGGAGGUCCAAGACCGCCGCCUUGUACCUCGACUUCUGCCUGACAUCGAUCCGCUGCAUUCAAGCCACCGUGGAAUACCUCAGCGACCGAGAACAGACUCGACCCAACGACCGACCUUACACUAACGGGUAUUUUAUCGAUCUUGUCGAACAGCUUCACCAGUACGCAGGCCAACUCGCUGCCGCCAAGGAAAAGGGAGACGUUGAGAUCUCGUAUGGUAACCCCGCUCCCGAACUAUCUACCCCUGCUAACGCGGCAAACAGCACCGACGAAAUCAAGCUUUACGGUGGUAUCACCGAGAACGGACGCCCUGCCGAGCUCGUCCGCGUCCGCAAGGACGGUAAGGCCAUCUCCAUGGCUACUGGUCUGGAAGUCGACCUUGACGACUCCGCACCCAUCAAGAUGAAGCGCUCCAUGAGCCAGCAGCUGGAGGACGAGGAGGAGAUCAUGCGCUCCAUGGCCCGCCGCAAGAAGAACGCCAGCCCCGAGGAGCUCGCCCCCAAGAAGUGCCGCGAGCCUGGCUGCAACAAGGAGUUCAAGCGCCCAUGCGACUUGACCAAGCACGAGAAGACUCACUCGCGUCCUUGGAAGUGCCCUGUUCCUACCUGCAAGUACCACGAGUACGGCUGGCCGACUGAGAAGGAGAUGGACCGCCACCACAACGACAAGCACUCUUCGGCUCCUCCCAUGUACGAGUGCCUGUACAAGCCUUGCCCUUACAAGUCGAAGCGCGAGUCCAACUGCAAGCAGCACAUGGAGAAGGCCCAUGGCUGGACCUACGUCCGCACCAAGACCAACGGCAAGAAGGACAGCAAGGCCGGCAGCGUAACCCACGCCACUCCCCAGCUUCACCACAUGCCUACCCCCUCCACCAGCAGUGCUGCCACUCCUCCUCCGCCAAUGGACCAGGCCCAGCACUUCAACUUCAACGACCCCAUGCUUCCGUUGCACCCCAUUGGUCCCGUCGGUGACUUCGCUUCCCACAUUGACGGCAUGGAAUUCCCCUCCUACAUCUCCGACGAAGAGUUUGAGCAGGUCAUUGGUGUCCAGCAGCCGUUCGACAACCAAGUGGACCUCGAAAUGUCCUUGUCUCCUUCCGACCACAACACUCCCAACACCGACAUCUCGCUUGGCCCGUACUCGUACCAAGACGGCCCGGAGUUUAUUGUGGAAGACGACAUCUACGCUGCGCAUGCUUCGCUUCCCACUCCUGACCGCGCUGUUUUUGCCGACAAGCAGAUGAACAUGGCUUUCCCCAUCUACCAGUCUGUACCUGCCUGCCAGCCGCAGAUGAUGCCGGCUCAGCCCGCUCCUCACAUCUCCCCCAUCGGCCAGGGCAAUGCUAUGCUCUUCACACCCAACUCGCUAGCUGAGGUCGACGAGAGCUUCGAUGACAACUUUGGCAACGCCGGUGACAAUUUCUGCGGCAACGACUUUCAGUUGUUUCCGUCCAACAAUGCUACUAAGGCUUUUGAGCCUCUGUUCGGCGAGGUACCGAGCGCCGGUCUGGGCUACUCCCAAAAUUCCCAAGACCCCUUCCAGUCACUAGACUGGAACAACAUCGACUACACAAAUUUCCCGAGCCAGUAA